UCCGGCUCUUUGUUUGACGUUGGUUCCGGCUAAAUUUAGCUAAUGUGGCUCAGAAUACAAAAUUGUAAAUGAACUGUUGGCAGCUUUAAGGUUGUUUGACAUGUUUGGCUCAUUUGGUCGAUGCAGGGAAGAGUGACCCGCAGUGUCGUGGCGACUUCAUUCAACUCGUCGUCUGUAGCCGGCCAACUAUUUAGUUACAUAUGGCAGGGGGCAGCUCAUUGUUAGCCUAGCUUUAGCCAUGCUCUCUGCCUCCGCUUUCACUUGUCUUCUGGGUUGCGGCUUGCUUGCGACAGGGACCACGGCUACUUUUCCCAGUAUUAACGUCUUUGUGUUUUCUUAAUUGUGCUUGAGCCUUUAUCAGGCCUUGAAUUUCCUGUCACAUUCCGCGUAACAGCGGUGGUCUGCGGAAACUGCACCUCGUUUGUUUCAGCACGUAAAACUCGCUGUUAGCUUAGUUAGCAAGCUAGCCAACCAACCGGCUAACUUUGAGGAAACGUCUUUCUGUCUUGAUGACAUUUAAAUUGAUGUUGCCUUGUCUCGGGCAGAACGUCAAACUCCACUAACUUAAAAACACCUGUCGCCGUCUGCUGUAACGUUGUUCUUUACCACUGAGUCAAGAACCGGAGCUAUCAUUUAUUUUUUUGUGGUUUGUGGUCAUUUGCCUGCCACGAUGGCUUCUUCCUCUGGAAACGACGACGACCUCACCAUCCCCAGAGCAGCUAUCAACAAGAUGAUUAAAGAAACUCUCCCUAACGUACGAGUGGCUAACGACGCCAGGGAGCUGGUGGUUAACUGCUGCACAGAGUUCAUACACCUCAUAUCCUCAGAAGCCAAUGAAAUAUGCAACAAGUCCGACAAGAAGACCAUAUCUCCUGAGCAUGUCAUCAACGCCCUCGAGAGCCUUGGUUUCGCAUCAUACAUCACAGAGGUGAAAGACGUUCUCCAGGAGUGUAAAACUGUCGCUCUGAAGAGGAGGAAGGCCAGCUCUCGACUGGAGAACCUGGGUAUACCCGAGGAAGAGCUCCUCAGACAACAACAGGAAUUAUUUGCCAAGGCGCGGCAGCAGCAGGCGGAGCUCGCCCAGCAGGAGUGGUUACAGAUGCAGCAGGCCGCCCAACAGGCACAGAUGGCGGCGGCAUCUGCCAGCGCCGCCCAGCAGGCCGGCUCCUCUCAGGACGAAGACGAAGAGGAUGACAUGUGAUCCCAGGACGCCGGUCAACUUGUCCAAAUCCCUUCCUGGGACAGUGUCGGCACACAGAUCUCCCAGUGCCGUCAUCGGCAGAGACAUGAGGCGUGUUUGACCGCCGGUAUACAUCAGUGUAACAUGGAUAAAUGCACAUUGGAAUGGACACUGAAGAGAAAGAUGAAGGGGGAUUUCAAGAUGGCCACACGUUCAGACACCAGUACCUGAAAAUGAUUUGGAUUGAGAGGCUGUUAAUGAAGUUUUUUGAUCUCAUCUUUCCCCCUUUUUUUCCAGUUGCUUCUGUUUAAUUAUGUCUUGAUAUUAAGUUGUGAGUAAUUUGUAGAUUUCUGGCUGUGUUGUGGACACUGAAGGCAGACAUUGCCUGGGAUAUGUCAGUGAAUUUUGGUGAUAAUGCAGCAAGUGUUCGCUCCUUCAGGUACUGCACCAGAUAGCUUACUUAUGUCAUUUGUUGUACUAGAUCCCUAUUUGGUGGUUUAGGAGAGCUGCUUUAGGACGAUAUCAGAGCAGUUGAUUUCUCCUUUCUUGUGGUUUGAUGGUCACUCUUACAAAAAGGGGUUUCUCUACCCUCUCUUAGUAUAUUUGUUCAACCGCAGAUCAUUUGAGGGGUUGUGAAUAUAGGAAUAUUUUUGUUAAGUAGAGAAUUAAAUGGACAUUUUGGUUAAUUUUAGCUCAUUCAGAUACUUUCUGUUGCAUUUUCUUUCUACCUUGAACCACCCACAGUAUUGCUCAUUAGCCACACCUUUUGGAAACGUUAUAUUUUUGUCUCAUAGAACCAAAGAUAGAGGACAGACUAACAGCCCAGAGUUAGUGUUUUUUAAAGGUGUAGGUGCUAACUGUGAUUCUCGUUGCUGACUCCAUGUCAGUGUAAACAAUGUUAAGGAUUAUUAACCUAUGACUUUGUAAGAUGCUUUGAUAUCCAGGCUGAAUUUGUUAUUUCCCCUCUCCUCGGGUGCAGUAUCAAACAUUUGCAUUGUGACUGUGGUCAAUCCUCAGUGUAAAGACAAGUAACCUAGUUGUGAUACACGUUCACUCACCUAUGCU